AUGUGUGAAAACCAAUAUAGUUGGGUUUUGGUGUUGAAAAGGAGGCUGAAAAAGCCAUUUAAGCAAUUGUGAAUGGCUUUAUGCCGGUCCCUUUUCCUUUAUUCCCCUCCCCAUCGUGCCCUUCUUUUCGUCCAUUCCAAGCCCAUUUGUUCUUAUUCUUCUAAAUUUCCCAUCCAUCGGAAGCCUCAAACUCCAUUCUCCUGCACUUGCCGUUCAUCAUCCUCCAUGGAAGCUCCUCCUCAAGGUUACAGGAGAAAUGUAGGCAUUUGUCUCAUCAAUUCCUCCAGAAAGAUUUUUUCUGCAUCGAGACUAGAUAUUGCCGACGCUUGGCAAAUGCCACAGGGUGGGAUUGAUGACAGUGAAGAUCCAAAAGUUGCGGCCCUCAGAGAAUUAAAGGAAGAAACAGGUGUUAGCUCAGCUGAAAUUCUUGCAGAGGUACCUUAUUGGCUGACAUACAACUUCCCACCAGAAGUUAGGGAAAAAUUGAAACAUCAAUGGGGUUCAGACUGGAAAGGUCAAGCUCAAAAGUGGUUUCUCCUUAAAUUCACUGGGAAGGAGGAAGAAAUCAAUCUUCUAGGGGAUGGGACUGAGAAACCCGAGUUUGGUGAAUGGUCAUGGAUGACACCAGAGCAAAUAGUUGAGCUCGUGGGCUGUGGAUUUCAAGAAAGAUGUAUACAAAGAAGUUUUGGAAGUUUUCGCUCCCUACCUUCAAUAAUGUUUUUCCUGUCAAACUGCAAAUAGAAUAAGUUGGAUAGACAGUUCUAAUGUGCAUGAUUAGUACAGUUUGUUGGUAGAAGGGCCUUGAUUGUUACAUUCUAAAAUAAAUGCUCGUAUGUAUUUUUGGAGUGGCUGCUUUGGAAUUCUUCAUUCACGUUCAACUUGUUUCGUUUCCAAGCCAUACGAUUACUCACUUCCCAUAUCCUCUUUCUCUUACCAGUGUUCGGAAAUUCGAAGUUAAAAGAAGUAAUGAAUAAAUAGAUCUUUGAGAGCACGCAGAAGAAUACUUUCUUUUGUUAGUUAAUAACAUCUAUGGUUCCUAAAUUUUGAUUCAAUUUUU